GAAAUUAGGGUUGGUCUCCAGAUCUUGGAUUAUUUUACGAGGUUUGAAGAGCGAUGGGAAUGUGUUCGUUUUACAGCGAUAUAUACGAGGUGGUGGAUGAUCCAUCGCUGGAUUCAAUAAUCUCAUGGAGCAAAAGCAACAAGAGUUUUGUCAUCUGGGAUCCGAAAGAGCUAGUUGAAAAGAUUCUUCCGAGACUUCUUCACUACAAGUUGUCACACUUUAUUACCGAAAUUGAAAUCUAUGGAUUUGUAAGAAUUGAGGGGUCUGAGCACUUGGAAUUCGGACAUGAGCAAUACUUCGUGAGAGGUAAACCUGAGCUUUUGACGAAGAUGCGUUACCAAGCUGUCUCGAAUAUGGUGAAGAAAGGUAGAGAAAGAGCAGAGAAGAAGAUCUCUGUGGGAGAUCAGAUGAUGAGGUGCAGAUAUGCACCUAUUAGGUUCAACAAAAUUAAGAGAUCAUCAAAGAAAUCAUCAAAGAAAGCUAAAGCUAUAACGCCACUGGAGACAAUCUACGAGUGAUGCAUUAUAGUACAAAACUUUGUCAUCAGUUGCUUUCUAUACUUUGCUUGCUAAAAUAUUUCGGUUGCAGGUCUUUAUGUAAUCUAUUCCUGUCUUGAAUAAUGUUCAUCAAGCCUUUUCAGUC